GGUCGGCUUACCUGCUCUUUCUGGCCCUUCCUUCGCAGUGACUGCCGGGAACUGUAGUUUUCGUGCUUCAGCGGCGGGACCAUAUUGGGGGCCUGUUGAUCUUUGAGGAGGUGGCUGUGUGUUUCACAGAGGAGUGGGCUCGGCUGGAUCUGGACUGGAGGGCCGUGCACAGGGACGUCAUGGAGGAGAAGUACAGGAAUCCGGCUUCUCUGGGUGAUGGAAGUGAAAGCGACAAAGAGGAUGAACACCAGAGAAUUAAAAUGGAAGCAAAACAAAAUUGGAUGAAAAAAUUUGUUUCAGAAGGUGCUGUCUUCAAUGAAAUUCCAAUACUGGAAGAAUGUCACACAGGAAAGGAACAGGCAAAAGUCCUUCAAUGUGCAAAAAAGGUAACUAGGACAUCGAGCCUUAGCACCCCUAGAACAGCACAUGAAGGAGAGAAGCCAUUUAAAUGCUCAGAGUGUGGAAAGAGCUUCACUCAAAGCAGUAGCCUUUCUAAUCAUCAAAGAAUACAUACAGGAGAGAAACCGUAUGAAUGCUUAGAGUGUGGAAAGAGCUUCAGUAAUAGAAGCAGUCUUUCUUAUCAUCAGAGUGCCCACACAGAAGAGAAACCAUAUAAAUGUUUUCAUUGUGGAAAGAGCUUCAGUCAGAGCAGCGACCUUCUUUCUCAUCAAAGAAUCUAUACUGGAGAAAAGCCGUAUAAAUGCUCAGAAUGCGGAAAGAGCUUUAACCAUAAGAAACAUCUUAUUGUACAUCAAAGAGUUCACACAGGAGAGAAGCCGUAUAAAUGUUCAGAGUGUGGAAAGAGCUUCACUCAAAAUAGCAGUCUUUCUAAUCAUGAAAGAAUCCAUACAGGAGAGAAACCAUAUGAAUGCUUAGAGUGUGGAAAGAGCUUCAGUAAUAGAAGCAGUCUUUCUUAUCAUCAAAGAGCCCACACAAAAGAGAAAACAUAUAAAUGUUUUCAUUGUGGAAAGAGCUUCAGUCAGAGCAAUGAUCUUCUUUCUCAUGAAAUAAUCCAUACAGGAGAAAAACCAUACAAAUGCUCAGAGUGUGGAAAGAGCUUCACUCAUAGCAGUAACCUUUCUAAUCAUGAAAGAAUCCAUACAGGAGAGAAACCAUAUGAAUGCUUAGAUUGUGGAAAGAGCUUCACUAAUAAUAGUAGCCUUUCUUGCCAUCAGAGAAUCCACACAGGAGAGAAACCAUAUAAAUGUUCUGAGUGUGGAAAGAGUUUCUCUCUGAGCAAUGACCUUCUUUCUCAUCAAAGAAUCCAUACAGGAGAAAAACCAUACAAAUGUUCAGUGUGUGGAAAGAGCUUCACUCAAAGCAGUAGCCUUUCUAAUCAUCAAAGAAUCCAUACGGGAGAGAAACCAUAUGAAUGCUUAGAGUGUGGAAAGAGCUUCACUAAUAAUAGUAGCCUUUCUUGUCAUCAAAGAAUCCACACAGGAGAGAAACCAUAUAAAUGUUCCAGUUGUGGGAAGCACUUCAGCCAGAGCAAUGCCCUUCUUCAUCAUCAAAGAAUCCAUACAGGAGAGAAACUGUACAAAUGCUCAGAGUGUGGAAAGAGCUUCACUCAUAGCAGUAGCCUUUCUUAUCAUCAAAAAAUUCAUACAGGCGAGAAACCAUACAAGUGUUCUGAGUGUGGAAAGAGUUUCUAUCAGAGCUAUGGACUUCUUUAUCAUCAAAGAAUCCACACAGGAGAGAAGCCAUAUAAAUGCUCAGAAUGUGGAAAGAGCUUCACUCAAAGCAGUAGUCUUUCUAAUCAUCAAAGAAUCCAUACAGGAGAGAAACCAUACAAAUGCUUAGAAUGUGGGAAAAGCUUUACUAAUAAUAGUAGCCUUUCUUACCAUCAAAGGAUCCACACAGGAGAGAAACCAUAUAAAUGUUCAAUUUGUGGAAAGUGCUUCAGCCAGAGCAAUGACCUUCUUCAUCAUCAAAGAAUCCAUACAGGAGAAAAACCUUACAAAUGCUCAGUGUGUGGAAAGAGUUUCACUCAUAGCACUUACCUUCCUUAUCAUCAAAGGAUGCACACAGGUGAGAAGCCAUUUAAAUGUUCAGAGUGUGGGAGAAGCUUUAUUCACAGGAGUAACCUUACUUAUCAUCAAAAAUCACAUGCAGGGGAAAAACCAUUCAAAUGUAUGGAGUGUGGAAAGAGCUUCAGUCAGAAGAUACAUCUUACUAACCAUCAAAGAACACAUACAGGGGAGAAACCAUAUAAAUGUUCUGAGUGUGGAAAGAGCUUCAGUCGAAGCAGUAGGCUUACUAACCAUCAAAGAAUCCACUUGGCAGAGAAAUCAUAAUAAUUAAGAAUGUGGACAGAGCUUCAACCAGAGGUUACAUCUUACUGUACACAGGAGAGAAAUCAUAUUAAUGCUUGGUGUGGAAGGAGCUUCAGUCACAUCAGUGGCCUUACUUUCCAUCAGUGAUCUGCACAGAAAAGGAACAAUUUAAAUACUAUGAGCGUGGAAGGAGUUUUAGGCAAAGCCCUGCCAUUGCUCAUCAUCAUUGAAUCUCCACAAUGGAAUAAGUAAUUUAAAUGCUCAGUCAGAAAUGGUUUCUGUCAAAAGGAAAGAAAGUCCUAUUACGCAGGAAAGACUAUGGCCUGGUUCACACACAGUGCUAAACUAUGAUUUAUUAAACCAUGGUUUAGUGUUAUGUGUGAACGUAGUUCAGCAGCUUAAUUAUGGCUUUUUGACUAUAGUUAAAGGUCACUUGUUAACAAAGAUUUGUAGUUGGUUUAUAAACCUAAGUUAACAUUAGUCAUAGCGUAGCAUUAUAUGCUUACCCAGAAUUCUUUCUUAAUUAUGGCUAAGGAGCCAUCACUGCUAAGUGCUGCAGACCUGUGAGUGAAGAGUGGCAAAAAAUUAAAACUGUUCUCAAGGCUUAUUUCCUCUGUGAUGUAAUAAACCAAGGUUUGUCUGCCAAA